GUGUGCGCUCAGCAUCGCGGGCCCAAACACCCAUACCACGAGCUCGUCGUCAAGAACAGGUUGUACCUCCCUGCGUACUGCCUCAUGCCAACGCAUACAUUGCAGAGCCACAUGUAUAUUUCCAAGGGCCCCCAGAGCUUCAAGCUCCUGACUAUCCUCCCAGUCACGCUGAAGAAAACGAUCAAUAUAGGAGACACCAUUCGAAGGAUCGCCGACGGCGCCGAUCUCGAUCCACACAAGCACCUGGCCAAAAUGAGGACUGGAGUGUAGGUCAUCACCAGACACAUGUCAUGGCGGUGCGGGACCAGGAUAUCUUCCAACCACGUGCCCACUUCGACGAGUCAAGACAUCAAGAUAGACAUCGUCGAGAAGAGCAUGAGCGUCGGUUAUACCAUGCACCCAGCCCACCACCGAUUCGCUCAUCCUCGAUGGGUUACUUGGCAAAGCCAGAUUUGGACGGAGAUGAACGCCACGAAACUAGAUCAGGAAGGCGUCACCAUCGGCGCUCAAGGUCUCGAACGUGGGAAUACGAGGGCGCAGAGUCAAGCCUCUUACGGCCCGGGGACGAGUUGACAGUCAUCGAGAGGCACGGAAGUCGACCUCGAGCUGAAGACUACCACUGGUACGAUGAUGAAGGAAUGCGAGUGCGCGUGCGCGAGAUUUGAAGAUGGUGACGUGGCAUUAUGCAGGAGGCCGCAAGUCACUCUCUUAGCGACUGAUAUUAACCAGAAGGAGGUUGCCUGCCGAGCUUGAAGAGUGCUGAGUGCUGGUUGUGCUGUGAAAAGAUGGUGCAAGGUACACGGGAG